CCUAGACAAACAUGCCUGCAGUGGGCUGAGCAAGAGAGAGAGAGAGAGCAAGUGGGAGGGAGGAGAGGAAGUCCUGCCAGCACUGGAGGGAGUGGCCGGCCGAGGGAAUGACAAACUAAAAAGGCGUGUUGGGUCAGUCACACCUGACAGCUCUCCAAACACAUUGCACUAAACAAGCAGAGUGUCCCGAAUCAAAGAGAAAACCAGCAGCUACAGAGAGAGAAAACCAGAGGAGAAAUGAAGGACACAGCGAAGAAAGGAAACGGAGAGAAGAGAACUAUGGAUGUCUCAUGUUCAGCGAAUGGAAAAAAAACGACUGGAAGCAAAAAAGAUGAUGAUGGAUCACUUCCAGUGAAGAUUCAGGGUGCAGGUGUCGAACCCUUUGAGCUGCAGGUUCAUGGAUUCUGGCUGGUCCAGGAUGCCAUCAUGACCGUUCUGGGCAGAGAGGAGGUGGCACCGCGCAUGUCAAUCGCUCUGGCCCUUUCAGGUGUGACCCUCGACCCCAUGAUGGAGCUCCAGGACGUCAAGGGCUUCAAAGCUGGAGUCGCUCUCCGUCUAGUGGAAGAGCCGUACUCGCCUCGAUCGGCACAGGCUCAUCUGGCACGUGUGCAGGACAUGCUGAAAGCUGUCAGGCCCCAAGACGCCCUGAUGGAGGGCCGAUCUCCCGCUGUAUUGAACACACUCACCCAAACGUCAGAAGCCCCUCCCACUCUGCACUCAUCAAAAAACAAACGAGCCAAUAGUAAGACAGAGCAGUCUGGUGAAGCCCCGCCCCCUCCUGCCUGCAUUCUGCCUGGAGCUUCUGAAAUUCCUCCUUUGACGACCCUGCUACCCACCAACACACACAGUGAAGCUCCCAGUUACCUGCUGGACCUGUCACUCAGCUGUUGGAACCCUCCCCCUGGUUUCCGGAAGCUGCAAGGUGACUUCAUGUACAUCAGUGUCCGCACCCUGGAGGGCAAGCAUUGUGACAUCACUUCCUGCCCACGUGGAUUUUACGUGAACAGGUCGACCCUCGAAGUGUUUGACCCUCGUCCUGCUCAGUCGACUCCAGUGUGCCACUGUCUGACCGACCUGCUGUCCCACAUCAGCCCACAGUUCAAAUACAACCUGAGCACACUGCGGCACAGGCCGUCUCUGCCGGCUGAGGAGAUGCUGUCCACUCCGUACCGCACAGUCAGCUGGCUGGGCAUCUCCUCACUUCACUCGCACAAACCCAGCUUCAGCGGCCGGCUGGGUCUGGACCAGGACCUCAGUGCGCAGGCUCCUGACUGGAAUAAGGAACUUCAAACAGCCAGAGAUCUUCCUCAGAGGAGUCUGGAGGAGAGACUUCAGAGGGACCGAGCGUUACUGCAGGUGAACAGCGCUUUUGUGUGGGCUGUUGCUCAGGCAGCAGAGAAGGUGAUCGAUGGCUUUGUCGACUCAAUCAGCGGUUCUCACGGGGACCCGGCGUUCUUGUGCGGCGGCGUGUUCAUGAGUAUGCCGGCACACGGAGACCAACUGCUGGGAGGAGAACGGAGUCACAGAGCUGCUCAACGUCUUGAGCUGAGAUGUGUUCAGGCUUACAGCGACCUGGACGGAGACCUCCAAAACCUGCACACCAUCCCCACUGCACUGGCUGACUACCGCGGCGUUCGGCUGUCUGCGCAGGGCCUGGCCCCGGGUAUUCAGGGCCCCGAGCAGGCUGAGGUUCCCAGUGGCCUUUUAUACGGCUACAGUGCAGGGCCGCUGGAAAAUCCAUCGAGACGGAAACUCCUAGAGCUGCUGGCUCAGUCCGCAAAGGCUCUUUCUCUGCAAAGACAUGCGGUUUUGGGGCCGACCGGGCAUCAGCUGCCCCUCUUCACCUCUGUAGAUGCCCAGGGGAUUCUGGGGGCCGAUGGUCGGUAUUACCUGCUGGAUGUGUAUCGUACUAUGCCUGCUGAUGCCAACUUCCUGGUAGAAGAUGGAGAAGAAGGAGCAGAAACGGAAGGGAGUUUUCCCCGACGGUACCCUCACGUUUUGUGUCGAUUACGGCCGGAGCUAGUGAAGGCGUUCAUUCAACACAAACAUGCUGAGUUCUCACAGCGAGUGAAGGCUCACAUGGAGGAGAACGGAGGGGUGGAAGAGUGUAUGAAAUCUGCUGAUUCUCCGAACAUAGACGCAGUCAGAAAAGCUUGCAAAGAUGUCGGAUCCGUCAGUGGCAUAAUCUUUGAGAUGCGUUUCAACCCUAAUGUCUACUCCCCAGGUGUGGAGUUUCCCAGCUCAGACAGUGACGCCGUGGAGCUGCAGAAGAGAUUAUUGAAGGAAGCAGCAGCUUUUAUCAUAAACGACCGGAUACCGGAAUUUAUGAACGACUGCAUUCAUGGCGCUGACAUACCAAUGGAUGGUGCUUCUUUACGACAAGCCCUCCAUCAGAAAGGCAUAAACCUGCGGUAUCUUGGUCACCUGAUCUUGUCCAUCAGCCAAUCAGAUCGCAAACAUCAACUGAGACACAUCACGAGGUUGGCGUUUGCAGAGAUUGUAGUGCGCUGUGCACAACGCUUCUUCAGUGGCUACGUUCAGGGAGUGGAAACAUCUAACCUGUCAGCAGCAGCGAGUCAUUUCCUCUGCUGCUUAUUGGUUCCCCACUUCAGUUCCGCGUCGAAUGGGGAGGAGUCUAAGAAGCGCUCCAGGAGGCGGGGCCGUGGAGGGGGCGGGGCUGCCGACAGCACGGCAUGGACCGCACUCAGUGGGAAUGAACUGUGGAGUCUGAUCUGUCAGGAUGCUCAAGAAACAUACAGACUUAAAGAAGGACUAGGGUCAAAUGUGGAUCAUCUAGUAGAGCAGUACGGACUCCAGAAGAUAUCCUUGUUGAGAGAGAUGUGCUUGAAGACUGGCAUUCAGCUCCGUCUCAGAGAAUACAUUCUUGACACCCGUAACAAAGCGCCCAUCUCUCCUGACGACGUGCUCAACAUCCUGCCCGUCGUCAAGCACAUAACCAUGACAACCACCGACGCCACACGGAUGUUCACGGCGGCUCAGAAAAGUCUUCAGAAAGGGUUACUGGAGCAGGCGUACGAGCAGCUGAAAGAAGCGACAUACCUCUUCGGUCGUGUGUGUGAUGACCUUCACCCUGAAGCCUGCCAUUGUCUCAGUCUGCUGGCCAAAGUGGCCUAUGUACAGGGCCAUCCUGCUGAGGCUCGUAGCGUGCAGCUGAGGGUCGUGGUCAUCAGCGAAAGGGUUCUGGGUUUCGAUCAUCCCAACACCAUUCAGCAAUACGUGUCUUUGGCAGUGUAUCUGUUAGCUGGAGGCGAAACCGCUCUGGCGCAACGCUGCCUGUAUCGUGCCAAAGUUCUUCUGCUGGCGGUUCACGGAGCAGAUCAUCCUUACACUGCAGUCAUUGAUGCUUCUCUGGGAUUGGUUCUUCAGGGAGAGCAGGCAUUACAGUAUCUACAGAGUGCACUGAAACUCAUCAGCUCCUUCAGGGGAGACGCAGACCUGACGACAGCUCUGAUGCACCAUCUGCUGGCGCAGAGACUGUGUGUGGCUGGAGACUACAGAGGAGGCAUGCAUCAUGAAAAGGAAGCUCACAGCAUCUUCCAGAGCAAGUACGGAGAAGAUCAUCCUCAAACCAAAUGCAGCUCUGAUUUCCUGAGGAACAUUACCCAGCAGGCUGUGCGUGUAGAACGGUCAAUUCGUCAGGGAGGCACGGAGCUUUGUGAUACUCCGCCUGAGGGUUUGGUUCCCUCUCAGGACACCACGCUGGAGCAGCUCGCUCUGGUCAAUGGCAUACUGAAGACUUCAUACAGCACAAGAAUGAUGGAGUUCAAAGAGAAGUUGAAAGAGAUGAAAGCAGCAGAAGAGGCUGAAAAGGCUAAACUGGAGAACUCUGAAUCCACCAAUAAGAAUGAAGCUUCAGAGCUGCAGAGCAGUAAUGGAGAGGUUACUGAGGAGGCCACAGCGAAUGGGGAACAGACGCAAGAGGCCACAGACGCAAAUGCAGAAAGUCCGUCAGCGGAAACCAAUGCUUGUGAGAAAUCAGACCACUCAAACAUGAAUGGCCAGAUCGAGUCCCAUCUGCAUAACGGCAAUUGUGCCACAAAAAACGAAAGUGAGGAGGAGGAACAACAAUCAAACACCACUAACGGUGUCUCCACUGAGAGCCAAUCAAAAUCAAGUAAUGUUUUGAUGUCAGUAAAUGAAGCACAGUCAGAAUCAGCAGUGGUGAACGGGAAAGAGUGUGUUGUGAAGGAUGAUUCUGAGAAACAGGUCGAGACCGAGUGAGAUAUGAGGAGAUAGAUCCAGUGUUUGACACAUGACUGUACAACCAUAUCAAAUCAGUGCCUUCACUAAUAGCACGAGAGAGAAGAUGAAGCCAACUGACAAUCAAAGUUCUGAAGUCAUUAAAAUGUUUGACUAAAUAAACUCUCAUUUCUGUGAGUGAACAUUGGUUAUGCAACUGUCAUAAUUUUGUAGUUUCUUUUUUUUUUUGGCAGAAUUCCAUUAAAAAAAUAUAUAAAAUUGUGAUA